AUGUCCUUGGAUCGAGACUUGAAGCGACUCCGACUGGAGAAGUUCACCCCGGCCGCUGCGAAUGAGGCGCGCGAGUGGAUCGAGGGCAUACUCGGCCAGCGCCUGUCGGGCGACCUGCUUGAGUCGCUGAAGGAUGGCGUCGCUCUUUGCAAACUCGUCAACCUCGUCCUGCCUCCCCCAGGCGUCAAGUUCAAGGCCUCCGCAAUGCCCUUCGUCCAAAUGGAGAACAUCUCCCAUUUCCUCCGCGCCUGCAAAGGCCCUCCGCUCAACCUGCAAGAACACGACGUGUUCCUCACGGUCGACCUGUACGAGGCGAAGGAUCCUGCACAAGUACUACAAUGUAUCGGCGCCUUCAGUCGGGCAGCGAACAAGGCAAAUCCGGCUUCCUUCCCUACAGCCAUCGGGCCCCGUGCCGCAGGACUGAGCCCGCAGAGGACGGGUGCGGGAGGGACAUUAUCACCAACACCUACUCCAGGAGCGCGGCCGCGCGGCAUGUCAAACUCCAGCAAUGCAUCCUCUGCCUACGGCAGCCGACCGCCGCUGAUCGCGUCCAAGACUGGGGACUCUACGUCUGGGCGCUGGUCUCCUGCCAAGAGCCCAACAGCGAAUGGGCCUAAGUCGCCCUCCGUGUCGAGCUGGAGCAGCAAGGCCAACGAGGGUGCGACCUCGCCCGCAUGGAAUAUCGCGCAGUACGGAUACAUGGGCGGCGCGAGCCAGGCCAACCUCGGAAUUUCCUUUGGUGGACGUCGGCAGAUCACUAGCGCUGGUCCGUCCGUGCCUAGCUUGGCGGAGAAGGAGAAACGGCGAAAGGCUAAGGAGGCUGAAGAGCAAAAGCAGCGUGAAGAAGAAGAGGCGCGGCGCCAGGCAGAGCUCGAGGCUGAGGAGGAGCGCGCGAAGCAAGAAGAGGCGCGGCGGUGGGAAGAGGAAACCAGGCGCCAGCGUGAGGCGGAACAACGCAGGGCGGCCGAGGAGAAGCGCCGCUGGGAAGAGGAAGAGCGACAGUGGAAGAUCACGGAGGAGAAGCGCCGCAAGGACGAGGAAGAAGCCGAGAAGCGCCUGGCCCAGGAGCGAGCCAAGGCCAGGAGGAAGUCGGGCGACUCUCGUCUACACGGCCAGUUCCUCAGCCAAUACCAGGCCGAGCAGGCCGGUGGUGGCGAGGAGGUCUACAGCAGCCGAAUCAAGGAGCUCGAGAAGGAGCUGGAGCUCGCGCGCGAACGAGAGGCUCAGUAUGAGCGCGAACGCCAGGAUAGGCUACGACUCAAGAGCGGCGAUGCUAAGUCCAGGGCACGCUCUCGCAGCCGGCCCCGCCCAGCAUCCGGGGAGCCAAGCCGGCAGGAUUCGUGGGCACAUGGCGACGAGCGCGCGGCCCUGUCGCCGGCACGGAACGAAUACACCCUGCCGGGUUCCCCACUGGCACAGCGACCUGCACCCCCGCCACGACAACAAUCACGACCACUCCCCGACCCCACACUGGCAGCGACGCCACCGCCAGCAGCAAUGGUCAAGACACACCGCACUGGCGAGUCGGCCAGGUCAGGCGGCACCAGGUCCCGCGCCAACACCGCCGGCUCCCGGCCGCUACCAGACCCAAAGGCCUACUCGUCCCCCGUUACGACGCCCUCGCCACAGAUGAACCGCACCGACCGGUACCUCGCCUCCAACCCGCUGCCGCCCAACGCGCCGGCGCAGCAGCUGACGUACUCGCGUGAGCUCGGUGCCACGGAGGAGCGCGACGCCGAGGACCGGCGGCGCGCACAGGCGCAGCGGGCCACCAAGGCCGGGGGCCUGGCGUCCAAGUCGCUGCUGGAGCGCGAGAUGGAGCUGGAGCGGCAGCGGCAGCGCGAGUGGGAGGAGUCGCAGAAGCAGACGGCCAAGGCGCCGCGGUCGGGCGACGGCGUCGAGGGCAUCGGCGGCGGCGUCGGCGGCAGGUGGGACGUCAGCCAGUUCGCGGGCUACACGGGCGGCGACAACCUCAACCGCGGCACCCAGGGCAUCGGGGCCGGGCGCAGGCAGAUCGGGGGGCCUAGGCCGCUGCCCGGGACGCCUGGGUCUACUCGUUAA